ACAAUGCAGACGCUGCAUAUGAUAGUCGUUCUUAGACCCUUUGGCUGCAAGCCUUGACAGCAGGCGGCGCGUUCGCUCUUUCCUUAGCCGGAACCCUUAUACAGAUAGUCCACAAACGACACGAUCAUGACGGUUUCAUGCUCCAACGGUGUCGAAGACAUAGCCGACAUAGAGGAUUUCAGCGUGUCAGAGCUGGAAUCGUCGCGACCUGCGAAGCCGGCUUACCUAGGAUCACGCCCCAAACGUGUCAAAGGAGACGCCGACGCAAAUGGCGUACAGCCAAGCCUGGAUCCUUCCGGGGAUUACAGCGUGGCAUCAACGACAUGUGUUCCAGGCACGCAAGCCAUAUGGGUUAAGACGUUCGGUUGCUCGCACAACGUCAGCGAUGGCGAGUAUAUGGCUGGUCAGCUUCUGGAUUAUGGCUAUCGCCUGCUGGACGACGCCUCCCGCGACUCCGCCGACCUGUGGCUCAUCAACUCGUGCACCGUCAAGGGGCCCAGCCAGGCGGCCAUGAGCAGCCUCAUAGCGGCGGCGCGGGCGGCGGGGAGGGCGGUGGUGGUGGCGGGAUGCGUGCCGCAGGGCGACAAGAAGCUGCCAGAGCUGCAGGGAGUGAGCCUGCUGGGUGUGACCCAGAUCGACCGGGUUGUUGAGGCUGUUGAGGAGACGCUGCGGGGACACGUGGUGACCCUGCUGGCCAAGAAGCCCCUGCCGCGGCUGGACCUGCCAAAGGUCCGCCGCAACCGGCACAUCGAGAUCGUGCCCAUCUCUACUGGCUGCCUGGGCGCAUGCACCUACUGCAAGACCAAGCACGCCCGCGGGCAGCUGGGCAGCUACGACCCGGGCGCGCUGGCGGAGAGGGUGCGGCAGGCGGCGGCGGACCCAUGGGUUCGGGAGAUCUGGUUGAGUUCUGAGGACACCGGGGCGUACGGUCGGGACAUCGGCUCCUCGCUGCCGGAGCUGCUGACCGCCCUAAUUGCCGUACUGCCCUCGGAUGGCCGUACGAGGCUGAGGGUGGGCAUGACUAACCCGCCGUACGUGCUGGAACACCUGGAGUCCCUGGCCGCCGCCCUGCGCCACCCAGCGAUGUUCGCCUACCUGCACGUGCCCGUACAGUCGGGCAGCGAUGCCGUACUGGCGGCCAUGAAGCGGGAAUACACCGUGGCAGAGUUCCGUCGUGUCAUAGACACCCUCACCGCCCUGGUACCCCAGCUGGAGCUCGCAACGGACGUCAUCGCCGCCUUCCCGGGCGAGAGCGAGGGCGACCAUGCAGCCACUCUGGAGCUGCUGCGCACCUACCGCUUCCCGCACACCCACAUCUCGCAAUUCUACCCGCGGCCCGGCACCCCCGCGGCCCGCAUGCGGCCCCGGAUCCCGGGCCACGAAGCCAAACGCCUCUCUCGACAGUUGGCGGCGGAGGUUGACGGUUGGGGCGAUGUGUACGACAGCCUAGUGGGCAGUCGGCAGGUGGUUGGGGUGGUUGAGGUGGCGGCGGACGGGCGGAGCCUGGUGGGGCAUACCAAGAGCUAUGUGCAGGUGCUUCUGGACCCCCAGCCGGGCCUGAUGG